AUUGACCUGUGUUGUAGUUCAGAGAAAUUCGGUUACAAAGAAGGUGAGUUUUAUGCACUAUUAAGAGAAUUAAUUGUCAGAAAAACCAUAAACCAUGAACUCAAAUAUUUCUUUAAUAUAUAAUUGUGUAAUUUUACGAUUGUGUAAUUUUGUUUGUCAAUUGUCAAAGGUUGCCAAUUGUCAAAGGUUGCCGUCAUUCGGUACAUGAUUUUGGCUUGCUUUAGAUGAAAUGCCAGAUGUCAUGAAAUCAGUAUAUUUAGAAUAUAUGUAAAAGCUCUGCACGACAAUAAAUGAAUUAUAAAUGAGGGUAACAACAGGUAAACUGAGUCAACUGACCAUUGUAUACACUGCACGCACAAUGACCUUUCUUGAUCUUGUAAUUGUAUGUAUUAAAUAUAUAUUGAAUAUAUUGUAACCUAUAUAUAUAUAGUAUAAAAGCUUACAAAACAGCUACACAGUUUCUUUCGAAGUUUGUAAAUCAGGAAUAGUAAGUUGAUUAAGUUCUACCAGUUAUGAUUUAUAGGCUCUGUGGUUUAUGGUAUACGGGUAGUUCGGAUUCGACUGUCUGUCUGUCUCAAUUAAUACAAGUUAUCAAUGUCAGUCAACUAUGUACACAAAACUAAAUAUUCAAAAUGUUCAUGUGUAUCGCGACCUAACCGUGCAAACCGGUAUAUAUAGACUAAUUUAAGCACAAAAGUUUCAAUUCUGUAUGGGGACCUUUUUUGGACGGAUUUUUUUCAGUCAAUAACUACAAAUCUGAUCAUAACUUUAUUUACAGUGCAAUAAUUAUCCUGUCACACAGCUGUUACUGUGUUAGCUGUUACCGCCAGCCGCGUAUGAAUCAAUGGCGCAUAAUGCUACAGGCUCUUUCGAACUUGUGUCGUACUUUUGCCGCUCCAAAUUCAUAGGCGUAUGGGGCGGGGGGGGGGGCACGGGGGCCCCCCCCAAUUUUUACGGUCGGGCAAAAAUCAAUGCGAAAUUCGGGCAAAACACUAAAAUUUCGAAAAAUUUUUGAUAUGUCCUGAAAAAAUGUUUGUAUCUUUGCGAAAAUUACGUGAUGUUAGGAAAAAUUUUCUGAUAUGUCCGGAACAUUUUGUAGAAUGUUUGUAGAUAUGUCGGGAAAAUUUUUUGGGGUAUGUCCGGAAAAAUUUUUUGGUUACCCCUCCCCCCGCUCGCCAACAAUUUUGGGGAGAAAUAUUAGUGUUCAGUUUGCCCGUUUGGGCAAACUAUACUGUGCCCCCCAAACAAGAUUAGGCCCAUACGCCCAUGCCAAAUUCCGCCGUACACUUAAUGCGAUUAACUGGAUCAAGUCAUACUUAAGUGGGAGAACCUCAACCGUAUAUAUCAAUGGUGCUUUUUCUAACCCGAUCGAGAUGAUUUGUGGGGUGCCACAGGGAAGUUGUCUUGGCCCACUACUCUUCAGUUUGUUUGUUAAUGAUUUACCAACAGUCUUAACUACAGCUGAUAUCACCUUGUACGCCGAUGAUAGCACUCCAUUCCAAUCUGGACACAACGCCAGACUCAUAUCAGAUAACCUUCAACAUGACUUAUCUAAAGUUGAAGUAUGGGUCUCGAAGAAUCGUCUCGUUCUUAAUGCUGAUAAAACAAAUAUUAUCCUUAUUGGAAGUCGGCAGAAGGUUAAAACAGCUCCAUCGCUUAACUUAUCCAUUAAAGAUAAAAUCAUUGAACAACGUCCAUGUGUAAAACUCCUUGGCGUCCAGGUUGAUGAGAACAUAAGUUGGAAGCAGCGUUGUGAAGAUAUACUUAAAAUUGUUCUAAAGCUCUUGGCUUACUGUUCAGGUUCAGCAGAUAUAUUCCAUCGCUGAGGCACUCAUACUGUCAAAAUUGAACUAUUGUUGUACAGUUUGGGGAUCUGCACAAAAUCAAGAGUCGAUUAAUAAUUUACAAAAACUUAGAACAAGGCCGCCAGAUUGUGCCUUAACAGCCUAGGAUAUAAGGUUGAUGAAAUAUCUAGGGAAAAUCUCCAUGAUUAAAUAUAGGUUGGUUAACAGUGAGACAAAGGAUUCAUGUCAGAACCUUAAUGGCAUUGCAUAAUGUACUUUAUUCUGGUGAACCAAAUGCAAUUUACGUGAAUCUUAAACCACUUGAAACUACGCAUGAACACAACACAAGAUUCUCGUCGAGGUGUCAAAGUGAUAAUAUGUUAUUAGAGAAACCUAUGUUAAAGAAGAAAACAUUUUUAGCUCGGGCUUUUAGAACUAGAGCUAUCGAUCUAUGGAACAAUUUAGACUGUGCUAUUAAGCUUAUAUCUUCGAAAUCCAUGUUCAAAUCUGCUGUUCUUAAACAGCUAGACUGGUUUAUAUAAUUACAUAAUUGACUAUUUGGACUUUUACUGGUACUUUAGUAAUUUUCACUAAUACCUAGAUUUAUAUAGACUUUUUAUCUUGUAGUGUAAUUCUAUAUUUAAGACCUCGUGUAAACUAGCGUUAGUUUAACUUAAUAGAGGCCAUAAUUUACGAAAUUAGGAAACGGUCGGCACUUCCAAAACCAAUAACUAUUUUUUUGAAGCGAAGCUUUAAAUAUAGUGCAUCAAUGCUGUGGAAUAGUCUUCCAUUAGCUACAAAAAGAGCGACUUCGCUCAGUCAGUUUAAGCGUAGCAUUGCGGAACUGUCCUUUUAGAACCAUGUUGACUUAAUUAUAGUUAACUCUCUUUACUUACUUUAUUUUUCUUUGUUGUUGGGGGAGGAGGGGAGGUUGAGGGUUCAUAUAAUAUUCUAUAUAUUUUACUGUUUUAUAUAUCACGCCCCUCCUGUAAAUCAGCUUUCAGUUGUGCGAGGCUAGCGUGUUUUCAUUUUAAAUAAAAUGGAUCGAGCUAACAGGGGUUCUUUUUAUAAAUAAAUAAAAUAAAUAAAUUCAUAUACACUCUUCUGUCGUACCUAAUUCCCAAUUAUGUUCAACACAUGAAAAGUACGUCGUCUCAUUAUAUUAAGUUAUAUGAUUUGUAUCUUCAUUUGUAAACAUCGUGGGAGUUCGUUGUUAAAGGGUAAAAAUUGGUUUUAAGCGACCAACGACGAUAAUUGCCUCUGCUAAUUCCAUACAUUAGGCCAUUUCCAAAAUACAUGUAUGGUUAAGUAAGCCUGUAAAAUGGGGGUUGGGGGCAUGCCCCCCCAGAACAUUUUUUAAUAUGUUUCUUGCAAAUUCUUUCAAAAACAGAAAAGCCUAGCCUGCUCGCAGUCCGAAAUUUCGUUGAAAGGAAAACGCCAGUAAGCUAGUGUCUAAAAAAAAUGUCCGUAAAUUUAUCACAUCUAGCCGAAAUCAAAUCUUGUCAAAAUUGAAAUGCCCUGGCCUGGGAACGAGCUGCCCAGAAACAAUCACCGGGGCCGGAUAAGAUAAGUAUGGGUGUCAUCGAGGUUGUUGUUCAGUGAAACAUUUAAUAGGUUUAAUAUUUUCAGGGCAUUUUCGCAUGAUCAUUUAAGGACAGUCCACGUGCACACUUGCUGAUUUUGCUAUCCGACGAGGAAAACUACUUAUAGGAUUAUAUUGUGAUAAGACAUUUCUUCAAGUUAAAAAAAAGUUAAAGAAUAUCAAUAUUCGUGGUAAUUAUACACGUGGCUUAGUGAUGUAUUGUACUAGCGCUGGCGCGCUGUAGGCUGCAGGGUAUCAUUGGUUUUGGCAGGGCAAUUCUGCCAGACAUCCCCCUAAUUAAAAGUGGCUAGUUUCGCCCCUGACGCCUAAUUCAAGCAAAAUUUUAAAGGAUUGGUGCCACACCACGGUAUUGCAAAAUCCUGCUGGCGGCGUUUUUAUGGGCAUUUUUAUUUAUCAAUAUAUUUAUACCAUCCUUUGAGAAUCCUUGCUUCUUUUAUCUAAUUUUUAUCGUUAUUUUUUUGUCUUUGGGUAACUAGAUAAAAACAACAAAAUUUGGGGUGGUCGGGACAAAACAAUCCCGUGGAAAAAGGUGUGACCCCUCAGUCGAGAAAAAUAAUCCAUACCUGAGAUAAGAAUGCGUUCAGCACGCUCGCUGGUCUCAAUAAAAAAUGGUCAUAAUUUUGCAGGAACGAUUCUUUAACAGCAUUUUGUAGGAAUAAAUUGUUUUCAGAUAGCUUACGGCUGCUAGCUGCUGUCGAUAAUAACAUUAAUGGAACAAUGAUAUUGCUCUUUAGACCGGCUAACAAUUAAGAGCAGACACAGAUCGGCAGCUUUUUUUGUGGGAGAAUUGGACCCUUCAUGGCCUUAUAUUUCAUCCUGCGGGACGCGGCCGCCAGAAGAGUAGCAACCCCCUCUGACCAUAUUAUUAACCAGUUCCUAUAACUCGAGAUAUUUACAUUGAAUGCGUCUAUGCAUGAGGGUGACUAUGAGAGCACUUGAACCCCAAAUCGCUAUAGUCGCAAUAAAAUUGUCAUAACUUUGCAGGAACUAUUCUUUAUUAAUAUUUUGCAGGAAUGAAUUUUUUUCAGAUCGCUUAUACUAGCUGUUUUAAUAACAAAGUCGAUUGUAUGUCAUUGUCAACUAUUCCAAUUUGAGUGCUAUUGAUUAGAUAGAACGUGUGUUUCUAUAGAAACCUCAUAUAACAUGAGACUAUAUAACUAUUCUCUGAUAGCUGUUACAUAAUAAUUGAGAAUUCAGCGCCUGCCGUGGUAAAACUAGUUAUACGAAACCAUGCAUGGAUGCCUGAAAAAGAUUAGAAAGAAGUUCUUUCUGAACACUUAAUUGUUAAUUCUAUCAAAGGUCCAUAUCGUCAGGAGAGUGUAGCAGAUCGAUCGAGUUUUUAGUAUUUUCAUACUGACCGUGACAAGAUGUAUAUACACGCUUUCUUUGUUUAGCAAACUUUUAUAUUCCUUCUAGCACCUCCCACUCUGCCAUGAAAACAUGACGACAUGAAUAUUGAAAGAAGAUAAUUACCACGAUCUUGCCAUCAUGUGAAUAUAAUGUUUUUAUUCUCACCACUAAAUUCUUUGUGCUGUAAAAAUGCCUUCGACGACAGUGCAGUACAUCAAUCCAAAUCAGGAUUCGAAAGAAAUAAAGAAUAUCCCAAAGGACAUAAGAAUAUUUUACUUAAAAGCGACGAUAGCAAUAUUGACGUUGGCUUUUGCAACAGUAUCGGCUAUUUUAGUUUGGAGGCUUUUAGAAAGCAAAAAUAACUGUGAUGAACAUCUAACAGAGGUCAGUUUGAAGACUCGAUUUAUACAGUAAUUAUCAUUACAUUGAACAGGUAUAUUCAUAAUAUUUUUAACUUCAUUUUAUAUAAAUUUCAAAGCAGUAUUUAUUAUGCGGUGGCGUCGGUCAGGGUUAAAUUUAUUCAUAUAUGAUCAGUCCAUAUUUUAUUCUUAUCGUAAAAUGCAAUAGCUACAAAAUAAGUUGAUCAGUGUAACAUUUGAUGUAUACAUAUUUGUGUCGUGAUCUAUUUAGCAUUAGUACGUACAUUUAUUGUCAGUAUAUAUAAUAUAUGUAUACGUUUACUUUCUCAACAACCAUGCAACACUGUUGUUGAAGAGUAUGAAACAACAGUCUCAGCAUGUAGCGCUUGUCUUUAAUUUAUAACCAACACAUGCAGUGUCAGUGUACGGGUUACAUGUGAUGUGAUAUAUAUAAGUUUUUAGCAUAUAGUUGAUGUCUGAUGUUGCAUGGAUAUAUAUAUACCGAGACUAUACCGGAAGAGCUGAUUCUAAUGUUCUCCAAUGUGUUUUAUAGAGAUUAUUAAAUCAUUUUUCUCGAUAUACUUAUAGCGAAGCUACUUGGUAUAUUUAUUGCUUUGAAUUUACAUGUCGAUUACGAAACAAUCACAAUGUGUACAAUACAUCAUGGUCAGUCAUCCUUGCAUUUUUCCUUUACUGAGUUUAGUUGCAUUUUGUAUAUUGUCUUUGUCUACACACCGAUAUCUGAAAUUGUCACGAGGUGUAUAUAUGUAUUAACAGCCAGAACAUUUCGUGACCUGAUCACGUAGUCGAAGUGCAUGCAUGCAUGCACAACAGUCAAUGAAAUAGCCUAAACAUUUAUAAUGGUAUAGUAACAAGCAGAAACAUACGGACGUUAUCGAAAGAGUAAACCUUUGUUGUUAAUUAAACGUUGCUCUUAACAUCAAACGAAGAUGUCGUGACCAGCAGGGCCGUACGCAGGAUUUUUUUACCAUGCAGGGGGCGCAGUAAGGCCAAAAUGCCGAAAAAAAACCUAAUACCCAUUCUAAAAAUCGUAUAUACGAAAUAACGACAUGAUCGACUUAUCAUAGUGGUAUGGAAUUAGUUUGCUUUGUGAAAACAAGGAACUUGGAUAUAAUAAAUGAAUAGGACGUCAAUGCAUAUUAAUGCCAUUAAAAGCCAUGAUCGUACAAAACCAUAUGAUAUAAAUGUAGUGAUCGAUAAACAAUGGUAACUAUAAGUCUACAUACAGUUCACUAUAUAAUUGCUUCACUACAUAUAUCCCCACGUUUUAUACUGUUUCUUUCCAAAUAUUUUAAAUGCUGUGCUGAUUUUCAAUUUUGAAUAAUUAAUUCUUAUAGUUUUAUUCAAACGAUUUCAAAGCAGGUAAACCAACUAAUAUUUCAAGAUUGAUGCAUGAUGUUGGGCAAACAUUGUUGGGUCCAUUUAAACGAACCUUAAGAGAGUAUACUGCCUUGCAGCAAGAAGCACAUCAUCAUGGAUGACGUCGACAAGCUAUACAGUUAUUGCUUUACUGCCACUGAAUGGCAUGGCUGCUCGCCGAAUCCCCAUGCAUGGAUUAAUUAAAAAUGGAACAUUUGUCGCAUCUUGCCAGUCGGUGCCAUAAAUAAAUUUAAGAAAGACUCAGUGUUUUGCCAUACACAGGGACUGUUUCGUGCAUGUUGGCGAAUGGGUUGUGCAUCAACACACAAAAAUAUGGAUUAGUUAUACAUAGCAAUUGCAACAGCAAACUCUGGAUACAUACUAAAAUAAUUCUCCAUUCUGAAUUCACUUCUUUGCCGGUUGAUUCCGAAACACCCAUACACGCGAGGAUAGCCACUAUAGACUAUAUAGUCGAUUCUUGUUUUAGUCAUAUACCGGCAAUGUUAUAUUUUUUAUUUAAACUUGAUUGCCUGGUCUUUCUGAUGUUAGUUUUAAGUGAUUCCAGCUUCAUUGAAUAUUUAAUAGUUACAGUCGAAACUCUCGGACACUGAAAAGAUCGGCCAAGUGGCAGAGCAAAUAUAAAUUAGAGAGGUGUCCGCUUUAUGCAGGUGGUCGUCAUGACGACAACCGCUAUACCAAUCAGCUGCGUCCUGCGCGCCAGUGAGAAGAAAUAUAGUGGUAUAGUGGUAGCGGUAUAAGUCAACUCUGAACUUUCUCUUAACUAUUUUGAACAUCUCAGAUGAAUCAAUGUUUAUAAUGAGACGAACUAUACAACGUAAAUUACGCCUAUAAGUAUAAGUGACAUUAUAGGCCUAUACACAUCAGGCAGUCUGUGCCCGUCUGUGUUAAGAGAUUAAAUUUACAAGUUUUACAUGCGUUUAAUCUGGGACAAUGUCUGUCGUCUUUUAAUAGAGGGUCGCUUUGAGGUGACCAUACGCUGUUGCAUACAGCUAUUUCAAUUAAGGUUGUACCCCAAGCAAAGCGAAAAAGUCGAAUACGAGCGCGAAAGGCUGCUGGGAAUCGCUAAUAAAUGAAUGAAUUUAUAACCUUAAUUGAAAUAGCUGUAUAUCUACUCAGUUAAGUAUAUAGUCUGUAUCAAUCAUACUAUUGGCAGCACAACUUAAUUGUACUAAUCAAUAGCGCAGCAUAUGAAUUAUACAAUCGGCCUAUGGUUGCUUUGACUAAUUGUGCACGUAACUUAAAAAAAAUAAUAAACGUUUUCAUUUUAUUUUCACAAUUUCUAAUUCCAACAUGUAACUUACUAUACGUUAUAAUAAUUUAAAUAUUUUGUUAUAGGCGUCCGAUCAAGACAAGAAAGACGAAAUUCCUGUUUUAAGUUCUCGAACACGGGUAUAGGCCUAAUAACUAUAUAAUAGAUUAAUGCAUGUGAUAUCUGUAAAAUUAAUAUAUACUUUUGUCAGAUCAAGAACUAGUAAAAAUAAAACACGAGAAGAGCUUUGUAAAUGCAAUAAACCUUCGCUUUGUUACAACAUUCUCUAAGAUAAUGCGUUUAUAUGGCAGGUAACAGGUUACGUCAGUAGGAACAUUGAUUGCACGGGUCUGCUUUAAGGAGGCUCCCUACAGUUUCCAAUAUAUGUCAGUGUUUUAAACUAAAACCUAUUUAAUUAAUUUGAAUCUUAAAAAAACUAAUUUUUUGCGCAAGCCAUUGUUUUUUCUUAUAUAAAAGAGUAAUUUUAACCCACAAUCGCUACUCUUCACGUUACCGUGACAACAUGACGUCACCAUAUAUAUGGCCUAUACCAACCAAAAAAAGUCGUCUUAGCGGACAAAUAACCACGAUGACCUACCUUUUUUAUUGCAGAAAAUACAUUGCUAUGAAGUUUUGAAUCCUUUUUGAAAGUUAUUUGAAAAUCGCCAGUGUAGUUUUCGAGAAAUUAAAUUUCAGCCUUUAAGAUUGUAUUUUAGCUUUUGGAAAGGCUGAAAUUCAGUUUCUCGAAAACUACACUGGCGAUUUUCAAAUAACUUUCAAAAAAGAUUCAAAACUUCAUAACAAAGUAUUUUCUGGAAUAAAAAAGGUAGGUCACCGUGCUUAUUUGUCCGCUAAGACGACUUUUUUGGUUGAUAUAGGCCAUAUAGAACGUGACGUCAUGUUGUCAUGGCAACGUGAAGAGUAGCGAUUGGGGUUAAAAUUACUCUUUUAUAUAAGAGGAAACAAUGGCUUGUGCAAAAAAUUAUUUUUUUUAGAUUCAAAUUAAUUAAAUAGGUUUUAGUUUAAAACACUGACAUAUAUUGGAAACUGUAGGGAGCCUCCUUAAUUUAAGAGAAUCAAAGAUCUGUUACCAACUGAUUCCCGACUGCCACUCUUUAACUGCAUGUCCUGUUCUUCCUUUAUUUGACCAUGGGGGUGUAAUAUGGGGAAACAAAAAUAAUAUAUUAUUUAUGAACGAUUUACAAGUUCAACAAAGUAAAGCAGCAAAAAUUAUAUUGAACAAACCAAUCUCCUCUCCGUCAACAAAUUAAGUGAAAGAAGACAUGCCCAUCGAUGCAUCUUCAUUUUUAAUGUUUAAAUAAUCCUAUGGCUAUGAUUAAAACAACCUUGAGUCGGAUUGUGAAAACGCCCAGUCAAUUUCUCAAUUUAAAUCGAACGUUUUUGGCUGUCGGCCAUGAUGUACUAGCUAUUGCAUGCUUUUCUCAACUCUUAAACUUUACUAGUUCAGCAAGUACUGUAUAUAAUGAUAGAUCAUUUAUGAUAUUGACAACAUGGUAAAUAGAUUAGAUAUAAUAUUUUUACUUUGUAUAAUACUAACUAGUCCAAUAGUACAGGACCAUUCUGAAAAUCACUUCUGUGAGAUUGCCUCCUGAAUAAAAAUUGUUAUCAUCAUCAACAUUGGGGUCUCUGUAAAGAACGGAAACCGAAACGACCGAAUCCGGAAACAACCGAAACCGGAAACGACCGAAACCGGAAAUUCCCGCCUAAAUUUCCUGCAUAACGAAUAAUUAUUUUGUUGAUGUUCGACGCUGGCAUAUAAACAUUUAGAUAAAUAUCGUCCGAAAGUAACUAAAGGUUGUGUACUAUUUAACUGCUGACAAUUUUGAAAAUUAUUUAAUAUAAAUCUUACUGCAUCUUAUUAACUUUCUGAACAAUGCCAGUUCAUGCUGGUUUUGUUUAAUUUAAUAAAAACGAUAUUACAUUCACUUUCUCAUUUCACAUACGAUACGGCUUCCACUAAAAUGGCACGCUCUUGAUUUUGAAAAAAUUAAAUACAUGCUCAUUUAGACGUAUUCCAAAUCCCAAUUUAUCUGACUGCAUUUUAAUAGCUUCAAAAAUUCAGAACAUUGUUCUUUCAAUCACAAGUAGUACAAGUAUUAUUGCAUUCAAUGGUAGUAUUUUAUUCGACUUUUAAUUUGUAUGUGUAUUGAUUAACUCGUAAUUAUGUAUUAUCUGCAGCCUAUAUUUAAUAUAUUGUGCGGCUUGCUAAUGCUUCGUAUUAUUGUUAUAUACAUUUCUUUAUCCUGAUGAUUGAAAUAUAGUCGAAACGUUAAUUGAUAAAAAUGUUAUCGAUCUUUGGAGUUUACACACUUGUUUUAUACAUUUCGUCGUUGUACAUUUCACGCCCUGCGUUAAUUUGAUAGUUGACAGUCUUUGUUAGUUAUAAUUAUAAGGGAUGAAUGAUUGAAUGAAUAAAACGCAUGGUUCAGUGCAGGCUCACCUUUCUACCAGUGAGCCUGCUAGCAGGCUAAAUUUUAGGCAAUUUUAUGCAGGAAAUUAGGCGGGAAUUUCCAGUUUCGGUCGUUUCCGGUUUCGGUCGUUUCUGGAUUCGGUCGUUUCGGUUUCCGUUCUUUACAGAGACCCUCAACAUUGGGCUAUAUAGCUUAACUCGUUCGUCUGUAUACUCGUUCCUCUGUAUAUAAGGCAACGAUUCUCUGUUUGACAGAGAAACGAAUAAAGUCGAUCUUGUCCAUUGCGUCCAAAUUUUUACUCUUACUGCAGUACAUAGAUAUAGUGAGCAGCUAAAAUCAAAUUUCUCCUCUGCCUAUAUACUUCUGAGUCAUAGAGUAUUCAGAACUAUAAUUAGCAAUGUCUUUCCAGUGAACCGAUUUUGUAGUUGUCAACUUUAGGCCUAUUACAGUUAUUAGCGUUGCAACGCAAUUUCCGAAGUGUUGUUGUCUUCACAAUUUAAGUUACAUGCAGAGCAAACAAUAAUUAUACGAAACGCGUUUAUAGUCAUAUUUCUGAUUACAGCACUAUCGAUUUUUUAAUUGUGCAUAGACACCAAAUGAAGAGAAAACUUGGCAAUGCCCACAAGUUGGCAAGAAGAAGUCAUUACCGUACACUCUUCCUCGUGGAGUUCAACAAACAUUUCAAGAUGUAAAAAAACUGUUGAAAGAAAAGAUUGGAAAGAAGACACUAGUAAGUGAAAAAUGUGGAAUGAUUCGAUUGGGACGUCAGUGGCGCACUUGCUGUGGGCAUUCAUAUUUUUGUAAACAUUGCAUGCGAUUACCAAUUUCGCAAUUAGUUUGUUGAUUGUUUUCACAUCCUUGCUUCCUCCACCCUUCCAUACACACUUUCUUAAUUCUUGUCUUUCUUCUUUUCUUCGGUUUUCCUUUCCUUCAUAGUUUACAGACUUAAUAUCUGCCAUAAUAUGUAUAUAUAACAUUCGAUGUUAUGAAACAAAUCUCUAUUUACAGACUAUUUUUUAUAGCGAGGUUAUGUCGUCCCGCGGCUCAACACUGACUCGGGUUGGUUCCCCUGGUCAUGCAUGCUGGGCUUGUGACUUUUACAGAUUUCUUCUGUGUGCGGUUUUUCGGCAAUUAUCAUCUACUAUUUAUAUGCCUUGUUUCAUUUUCUAGGUUUCAGUGUCUUGUACCGCAGUGUACAGAAAUGACCAACUGUGGAAUGCGGCAUAUGGAAUCUUAGAUAAGUCAACUCUUCCUGCAAAAACUCCAAAUGAGGACACUUUGUACAGAACUGGCAGUCUGGUCAAAUUGUUGACGGUAUUUUAUGUUUAUAACUAUUUUAUAAUUGCAACAUUGGUAAUAGAAUUUGAGAAUUAUAC